UCCAUCCCACGCCCCUCCAACACAUCAGCUCCAUCCCACGCCCCUCCAACACAUCAGCUCCAUCCCACGCCGCUGCUCCAACACAACAUCAGCUCCAUCCCACGCCACUCCUAUACAAUGACACAAUGGUGCCUUGGACAUGACACAACAUCAGCUCCAUCCCACGCCCCUCCAACACAACAUCAGUUUCAUCUCACGCCCCUCCAACACAACAUCAGCUCCAUCCCACGCCCCUCCAACACAACAUCAGCUCCAUCCCAUGCCCCUCCAACACAACAUCAGCUCCAUCCCACAUCACUCCAACACAACAUCAGUUUCAUCCUAUGCCACUCCAACACAACAUCAGCUCCAUCCCACAUCACUCCAACACAACAUGAGUUCCAUUCAACGCCACUCCAACACAACAUCAGCUCCAUCCCACUCCACUCGAACACAACAUCAGUUCCAUCCCACUCCUCUCCAACACGUCAGCUCCAUCCUAUGCCACUCCAACACAACAUCAGCUCCAUCCCACACCACUCCAACACAACAUCAGCUCCAUCCCACUCCACUCGAACACAACAUCAGCUCCAUCCCACGCCCCUCCAACACAUCAGCUCCAUCCCACGCCGCUCCAACACAACAUCAGCUCCAUCCCACACCACUCCAAUACAAAGACACAAUGGUGCCUUGGACAUGACACAACAAUGCCUUGGACAUGACACAAUGAUGCCUUGGACAUGA